CGGAACGUUUCGUUCGCUUCCCGCCGCUCGUCCGCAGUUGAUACGAGGUGCUGGUUUUUUACCGGGCUGAUUACGGGCUGAUUCGUCGCCUGUCACGAGGAUUUCGAGAGUUUCCGUGAAGUGCGUACUGUUCUGGGAAAGAAUACUUGAUUGGUUUGUGAAAGGUUGUUUAAACUUUGAUCGACAUCAAGAUAUUGUGGAUUUGGAAAAGUGUCAUGCAGAAACAUAACUGUGAUUGUGAAGUGGUUUGUGAAGGAUACUAAUAUCCUUAGUAAAAGAUCAAAGAGGAUUUCAUAACAUGAAGCUACUAUGCAUUUGGCUGUGAUGAGGAUUAAUGUAUAAUUAGAGUUUAUUCAAAGGAUUCAAAUGUGCGUCGGUGACAGAUUUUGCGACAGAUUUGAUUAUUGAAAAUUGUUCAUAGGCGAUUCGGCAACUCAAAGAACAACUAGCAGAUAUCGUCGGAUUGGCGGUUAUCGUUUACCAUCGGUACUUACUGAGCUCCCGCAGAGUGGAAGAAAUGCCCCAUACCGGUCAAGCAGGUGUCAACCAGCUCGGCGGUGUUUUCGUCAACGGUAGACCCUUGCCGGACAUCGUUCGCCGGCGGAUAGUGGAACUGGCUCUGAUGGGCGUACGACCUUGUGACAUUUCCCGGCAGCUACUGGUGUCCCAUGGCUGUGUAUCGAAAAUUCUCACCCGAUUUUAUGAAACCGGUUCGAUAAGGCCUGGAUCGAUUGGUGGCAGCAAAACGAAACAAGUGGCAACGCCAACCGUGGUGAAGAAAAUUCUACGCUUCAAGCAGGAAAAUCCCGGCAUGUUUGCCUGGGAAAUUCGCGACCAGUUGCUGGCCCAAAGGAUUUGCGAUCCCAACACGAUACCUUCGGUGAGCUCGGUCAACCGGAUACUGCGAAAUGGAGGACUCUGGACGGACGAUAUGACUUCGAAUGAACAAAUGAUGCGUGAUCAGUCCCAUUCGGCAUCCUACAUGCCCACGAAACCUCCCAUGACGCAUCCGUUGUACAGCCAAACUCUCGAGCAACACCACGCACUCCUCAACCAGUAUCGCUACAGUAUGGCAGCGGCCGUAUCGCCAGAUGGAAAGCCAGUGCAUCCACACCCUUACAGCACCGUCCCUGGAGCUGUACCCCCGAUGCAGAAAACCGCCGCCGUGAACAUCAUCCAGCACGAAGGCCACACACCAACCAAAGCAGAUCCCGGUAAACAGCUACCUGCCACUGGAUCACCCAAAGGCGAGUCCAAAAGUGAACCAACCUCAUCAAGCUCCACUCCGGCCACACUUUCGCCUCAGAUGGCGUACCUGCCGAAGCAUUGGAUCUGGAACACCAGUCUCUUCUACGCAGCCAAUCGCAGCAUUGCGGCUGGAGCUGAUCCCAGCGUGGCUUUCCCUCAUGGAUAUCUAGCGUAUGGCAAUCCGUUCGCCACUUCAGGUGGAUUCGCCGUGCAACGGGACAGCUACAGGAAUGAUGGAACCAGCUCCAACACCAGUUCGUCACCGGUUCAGAUCACUGAUGUCAACUCGGACGAUUCCUCCGAUAACCACGAUGAUCUGCGGACAAGCAUCUGCAAAAAGCGCAACCCAUACUCGAUCGAGGAGCUACUCAAAAAGCCCGAAAAACGUCAAAAGCUAGACUCGGUGACCAUUACCUGCGUGCCACGGACCUCUCGUGACGGGUACCAAUCUUCACCGUCGGCAUCGCCAUCGAAAUCGACCAGCCCUCCGCUUCAGUCGACUCACUAUCCAGCUCCACCCAGUUCAACGGGAUCGAUCGACCUCCACGAGGGAAUCAGCCUGAUCAAAUCCAAACCGGAAACUCUCAACGAGAACAGUGUGAAUAUUGAAAUUUGUGAUUGAACUACCGUAGAGUAUUUACUGAUUGCCAUAACAAGCGCAUUUGUUGAAUUAGUUUUGUACGUACUGUUAUCGCUAGAUGGAGAAUCCAUUCGUUUGUACAUAUGUGAACCCUUAAUUGUGAGAAACAAACAAUCUCCCGCAAAGUAGAAUCUAUAAAUCUAUCAAAAGUACUAGGAUAAGUAUAAUUUAUUAACCAGUUAAGACCCGUACUGUUGGAAUAGAUCCGUUCUAAAAGAAGACUCAUGUAUAAAUAAAAAUAAAUCAAAACAUUCAGACUAGUGUGAAUCAAAGAAAAUCACGGAAAUCCACUGCUCAAAACCCUCACUGUAAUAUAAUGUAGACUAAUUGUUUUAAUAAACAGCCGAA